AUGGCCAUAGACCCGUCUCGACAAGCCGCUCAGGAUUCAGACGACGAGCCGGACAAUCAGGUUUUCGCUACAGUAACAAACGGGAAUCAUGUAGACAUUGAUGACUCGGACGCUGCUUCGGAUACAUCCUCCGUUCUCACUGAAAUUCAACCUCACGAGUUUGAGGGUUAUUUCGAUGAACGGGAUGGCCGACUCUUCCAUUCUCAUGGUGGCUUGCCUUAUCCAUUGCCCGUAGAUGGGCCUGAACAGCAAAGGCUCAACUUUCAACAUGACGCAUUGUGCCAGCUGCUCAAUGCGAAUUAUGUUGUCCCACUUGCCCAGAUCUUGACCCCUACACCGGGGAUGCACAGACGCGUGCUCGAUUUGUGCACAGGAACAGGCAAAUGGGUAAUGGAUAUGGCAAGCGAAUUUACACACGUCAGAUUUCAUGGCGUGGAUAUUGUCCCAAUCGCAACGAGAGAGCCGCCUGCAAAUGUGCAUUUUGAAAUGGCAGACGUUAAUCGCUUGUUGCGAUGGCACGACAAUACUAUGGAUUUCGUCCACGCACGCAGUGUGUCGUUGGCGGUCGUGGACUAUCCGGCCAUGUUGAGAGAAGUUGCGAGGGUCUUGCGCCCAGGCGGCCUUUUCUUCUCAGGUGAAGUUGGUCGCUAUGUCAAAUACGCUCCAAACUCUCGACUUCACACUUCCGCCUAUGCACCUGGGGCGGGGAAUUUCUUUCGUGUCAUCAACGAUAGGCUCGCUCGCUACCGUCAAUUACGUGAAAUCACCUCCGACAUCCCUCAAUGGAUUCAUGAAUCCGGGUUGUUUGAGGACAUCACUGUCCAGGAGCACUUUAUCCCGAUUGGUGACUGGCAUGAAGACCCGGGUAUGCAGAGCGUGGGUAGGACUUAUAAGGCUGCGAUGGAAAUUUUCGCAGAUAGUCUCAAGCCCAUGCUCCGCGAUGUGGGGAUGCUUGAGUGGGAACUGGAGGACGUGGUUGGUAGGUUUCUGAACGACAUGAACACCGUGCGUGGGAUGGUCAGUGUCUACCACACUGUGUGGGCUACGAAGGUGUGAAAAGAAUAGAUUAGGGUCGCUACAAAAUUAUGCAAACUUGUUUUCUUGGUUAUCUUCUUGCUUUUCUUGCUAUGCUCUUUUUUCUUGCUGUCCCAGUGUUCUCGUUGUUGAUCUUGUGUAAGGCAUUUUGCCGCUUGUUGUAACUGUUUUGCAAUGCUAUCGAAUGACAUUGUUGUUGUUAACAAAAAAUAUAUAGUCGU